AUGGCUACAAAAUACGUCGAUAUUGAUGAAGAACAAACACACACACAACGUUUUUCGGAUAUCGCUGAAGAACCUUGCCGAAUGUUAAUGCCCAUUCAAGGCUAUGAAGAAAAGCCUCUUGUUACACUUGAAGAGGCUGUGGAGCCUAUUGUAUCGUACGUACCUGAUGUAAAACGAAUGACCUACAUUGCAAAAAUGAAAUGUGCAGAGCUUUCACCAGGAAAACUACCCUUGGAUCAAGCAGCCUCAAUCAUGCUCUAUUCAAUGGAAUGGCAGCCUUCAGAAGAAUGUCUUUAUUAUGUCUUAAAUCAGACACUACGAAACGAAAAUCGAGAAAAAGUGAAACCGUGGUUUCUUUUUCUAAGACUGAUUCUUACUGGAUUGGCUCAGCUCCCGUCAAAACUUUCAUUUGUUUAUCGUGGCAUUAAACGGGACAUGAGAAAGGAAUACCCAGAAGGGAAAACAUUUGUUUGGUGGGGAUUCAGUUCUUGUACAUCCAAGAUAAACAUACUCCAGAGUAAAAAGUUUUUGGGUACAACAGGUCCAAGAACUCUCUUUACAAUUGAAUGUGACACUGGCAAAGAUAUUCAAAAAUAUUCUUGCUAUAAAGCUGAACAUGAAACUCUUCUUCCGGCCGCAAGACAAUUUAAAGUCAUGGGAUGUCUUAGUCAAGGUGAAGAUCUUUAUCUCAUACAACUCAAAGAAAUUCAACCACCAUUUCCUCUUAUUGAACUUGUACCAAUAGCACCUGCUACGAAAGUUUCAGCUGUAGCAGUAGUACCAUCACCACCAAAACCCAUGGUCACGAAUAUUACAACACGAGGUAGGACUUUUAAGAAUCGAUUUUCUUUUAUUGUCAAUCGAUAG